CCGGCGGGGGACAGUGUCUCGCCUCCGCCGGUCUCGCCAGGCCCUGCGCUGCGGCGGCGAGGGCCGAGGGCAGUGACUGUUGUCUUCUCUUCGAUACUGAUGAGACCGCAUCGUGGCACUGGGCCCAGUCGGGGGCUCAGCAGUGCAAGAGAGACCCGGGUGUACUGGAGAGAGCCCGGUGGAGGCCACUGAGAUGGUCGGGGCUGGAGCCCAUGCCGAGUGGGAAGAGACUGAGGGAACCGGCUUUGUUUGGCCUGCAGAAGGGAAAGUGAAAGGGAGACCCUACUGCUGUCUGCAGCUACCUGGUGGGAGGGUAUAGAUGGAGCCUGAUUCUUCUUGCCGAUGCACACGGAUAGGAUGGGAGGUGCCAGAUGCAAGUUGCAGCAUGGAAGUUCCCAUUAGAGAUAAGAAAUACAUUUUCACUUGGAGUGUGGUGAAACACUGGAAUAGAGGCUUAGAGGAAUUUGGGGAUCUCCUUUCCUGGAGCUGUUUCAGGUUUGGCUGGACAAGGCCUUAAGCAAUGUGAGCUAAGCUGACCCUGGUUUGAGAGGGUGUUGGAACCUCUAAAGGUCCUUUCUAACUUCUGUUAUUAUUAUUAUUGUUUUAGUGGAAGGCAGUUGCUAGCAGGAGUGCCUUGAGGAUCCCGAAGUGAGCUGUGAGGGAGGAUUUGGGACUAUCCUGCUCAAGUGCUUCUCAGGAGUGGUGGAUGGACUGUUUUGUCUUCACAAUGUUUGGGGACUUAUUUGAAGAAGAUUUUUCCUUUAUUUCAAACAAUCAAUCUGGAAAAGGGAAGAAGUCAAAGCACAGAGAUACUGAGCCUCCAGGUCCAAGGGAGUUCACCAGCCUAAGUGGUAUCAAAAAUCAGGGUGGGACCUGCUACCUCAAUUCCCUUUUACAGACUCUGCUUUUCACACCUGAAUUUAGAGAGGCACUGUUCUCUCUAGGACCUGAAGAACUUGGGACUCUGGAUGAUAUCAGUAAACCGGAUGCAAAGGUUCGAAUAAUUCCAUUACAGCUUCAACGGUUAUUUGCUCAGCUACUGCUUUUAGACCAGCAGGCAGCAUCUACAACAGACCUUACUGAGAGCUUUGGGUGGAAUAGCAAUGAGGAAAUGAGGCAGCAUGAUGUGCAGGAAUUAAAUCGGAUUCUGUUCAGUGCUUUGGAAACGUCCCUUGUUGGGACUUCAGGUCAUGACAUUAUUAAUCAGUUAUACCAUGGGAUUGUUGUCAAUCAGAUUGUUUGUAAAGAAUGCAAGAAUGUCAGUGAGAGACAGGAAGAUUUCUUAGACUUAACAGUGGCAGUAAAAGGUGUAGCUGGCUUGGAGGAGGCCCUGUGGAACAUGUAUGUGGAAGAAGAAUAUUUUGAAAAUGAUAACUUGUAUCGAUGUGGAGCCUGUGAUAAACUCGUUGAAGCCUCAAAGUCGGCUAAGCUACGUAAGUUGCCUCCCUUUCUCACCAUUUCUCUCCUGAGAUUUAACUUUGACUUUGAGAAGUGUGAACGCUACAAGGAAACUAGUUGCUAUACAUUCCCUAUCCAGAUAAAUCUGAGGCCUUUUUGUGAGCAGACUGAAUUGGAUGAUUCAGAGUAUAUGUAUGAGCUCUUCUCUGUUAUUAUACACAAAGGUGGCUGCUAUGGAGGACACUAUCAUGUUUAUAUCAGAGAUGUGGAUGAAUUAGGGAACUGGCAGUUACAAGAAGAAGAGGGUAAUAUGGUUGAAGAUAAAGUUUUAAGAGAUACAGAAAAUGCCAAAGAAGUAGAAAAUCCACUGGCAGUGUUGAAAGGGAUUUUAUCAGAGGAAGAAUCUAAACAAAUGCCCGUGGAUCAAUUAGGGCAGAAAUUAUUGGAGAAAAAAGGGAUGUCCUGGAACAAGAAAUACCGAAAACAAUACGGGGCGUUACGAAAGUAUUUGCAGAAUCAUCCCCAGAUAUUUCAGUUCAGUCCUGAUGAAAAUAAGGUUGGUCUUAAGGAGAAGUAUCAUAAGCUUCCAUUUAAGUCAGAUUCUCAAGGACAAGUUCUGCAAAGCCCUCCUCAGAAGAAUGAUGUCCAGUGGAAUUUAGAAAAAACAUCUGCAACGCUAAGGGACAGCUCUGCUGGUUGCCAUUGGUUUGAUCUGAAUGAUUCAAAAGUCCAGCCGAUUAAGGAGAAGGAUAUUGAGAAACAAUUUCAGGGUAAAGAGAGUGCCUACAUGCUGUUUUAUCGAAAAUCUCAAUUGAAAAGACCCCCAGAAGCUCGAGGAAAUCCAAGAUACCGAAUUCCUGAACACCUUUUGAAUGAAAUGAAUGCUGCUAAUGCUGAGCUGCAAAAAAAGAGGGUUGAAUGUGAUUCAGCAAACAAUGGCAUUGAUUUACAUCUCCAUUUGAGCUCAUGUUAUAAAUUCCACAAUGGGGCUUUGCACCCUUCACUUACUUGGAAAGAGAGUAUUGUGGAUCUGACUAUCGAUAGAAGAAAAACUCUAGGAGACCUUCGACAAUCAGUAUUCCAGAUGUUGGAAUCUUGGGAAGGAGACAUGAUUCUCAGUAUUGCUAAGCCUUUACCAGCAGGACUACAUAUUUACCACUCUCUUGAUGGAGAUGAACUGACACUGGAUGGCAUUGGGCUCGCUGAUGGAGCAGACAUCUUUGUGUGGAAUGGGAAAGAGGUUGGUGGUACAAAGGUGUUGACUGGCCUGGAUCAUGAACCUGUUAUUUUAAACGUUCUUCGUUUAGCAGAGUAUAAUGAAGGAGGGAAAGGUCAGCACUUCACAGAAUCCCAGCACAUCAUUCCCUGCAGCACAGAACUGGGUGCUCUGCGCAGAGCCUUAGCACCAUCAGGAGGAAUUGUCUUAAAGAACGGUUCAGGACUUGGUAAAGACGCCAAGAACUGGGAAGUUCUUCCUGAAGAAGAUAUGAAGGAGACAGUCAAAAGCGUUGGUCUGACAGAUGGAUGCUCAAUACUAAUUUUAGACAGCCACGACCAGAGCUUGGUGAAUGUAUCAAAUGGCAAUUUGACUGCUUUUACAUAUGACAUCAGCUGGCUCCAAGUUAAAAACUUCUGCAGAACAGAUGCUGAGGAGAAACAAGUUAAAAUUACUGCCACUAUCGAAACAGUGAUGGCAGAUAUCAAAAUGAAAGCAAUACAAGAACUUCAGCUAGAAGAAGAGCUAGCAAAUGACAGCUGUCUCAGACCUGUCAGUGGAAAUGGGAAACUUCUCUCUCCAGUGCCAGAGGAUUAUACUGUCAAGGAAGCAGAACUGAAAAUGGGAAGUUUGUUAGGGCUGUGCCAUGGAAAAUCUCCAACUUCCACUCAGCUCUUCUUGUAUUUUAUUGUUGGGAGUGACCAACACACAAGCCCUGAGAUGGAGAUAGUUGUGGAAGAGACUGCCUCUGUCAGAGAGUGUCUAAAUUUAAUGCUGGAAAAAUCUGGAUUAUCAGGUGACAACUGGCAUUUGAGAAGGCUUGACUGGUGCUACGAAGCAGGGGAAGCAUUAAGUCAGGAAAAUGCCACUUUGAAGGAGCUUAACGUUUGCAGAGGGGAUACUUUGGUUGUAACUGAAGGAAAGCUUCCACCAAAGGGGUUCCUGAAAAUACCCAUCUGGUGGUACAAGCCUUUAAAUCGUAUGGAACAUCAAGAGAAUGCACGAGACCAAGUGAAUGGCGUGACCUGCAAGAUGGAGGCUUUGCAGGUGUCCCCAGCAGGAGAAUGUGUCCAAACAGACAUGGAUCUGUGUUACGCUGGCAGUAUAGAAAUAUCAGGAGAAGCUUCUUUGGAAGAUUUGAAGAUUCAGGCCAUGACUUUGCCAUGUUGCCAGGAGCAGAUUGUUCCACUACCUGCGUUUCUCAGAGCCUGGACAGUGGAAAGUAAGCGCCCAGGCAAGCUUUUACGAAACAACAAGCAGCAACUCAAUGAAUAUAAGCUGGGCGCCAGAGUGGAAAUCUGCAUAGAACCUCUGCAAAAAGAAGAGAAUUUGGGCCCCCAUGAACUGUUGCUUCGAGUACAGAUGGGCAUACCAGGGCAGAGGGACUACUACCACUCCACAGAUUUAGUCUGGGAUAUCUCCAAAGAAUGCACAGCCUGGGCACUGAGGCAAAGAGUUGCUUCUCACUGUUGUCUCCCUGUAGAUAAAAUUGAAAUAGCCAAAUACUUCCCUGAAAAAUUUGAGUGGCUGCUGAUAUCUAGCUGGACUCAACAAAUUUCAAAGAAGAAACGGAAGAAAAAACAGGAGAGUUUACAGUCAGCACCUUAUCACCUGAGAGAUGGAGACAUCAUAGGAGUGAAGAAUCUUCUCCUUGAUGACACAAAGGACUUCAGCACAGUGAGAGAUGAUAUUGGAAAGGAGAAGCAGAGGCAGCUUGCAUUAGAAAAAAAGAAAAGCCGACAAGCUGAACGUUUACAGAACCACAUUUUUUCUGAGGAAAAAGUGAAUAUUAAGCACCGUAAACCAGAAGUGGCUCUUUCAAUCAAUGUUGGAGUUUUCAGAUAGCACCGGGCAGAUGAUUUCUUGACCAGACCGUACUGCCGAUAAACUAAAUUGGAAUGGAGUACCUCAACUGGACCAGUGAGAGGGAUGGUCUUCCCUGAAGUGUCUUCAAGAAUCACCGAGGCAGACUGGAUAUAGGAUUCAGGAUGACUCUGGUUUUCUUUUAAUCUCUCUUGGUGAAGUGCUUUAGCAUCCCUCUAUCCACGUGGUACUUACUCUCAGGCUAGGUAAAUGCACUUUAUCCAUGAGAAAACUGAUUAAUAUAUUGUGUAACCUUUCAGUGACUGUUUUGUAAUCACUCUAAGUGUUUUUUUUAAUCAGAAAAACUGGCAUCUUGCACCAUCACUACAGAGUUUGCUAGGGUUUUUUAAUGCAGUCAUAAACCCCUUUUUUAAGAAAUUACUGUUCCAUCUCUCAUCACUGAAAUCACUAGUGAUACCAGAAUUUGAUUUUCUGUCUGAUAUAUAAAUCUAAGUCAGUAGUAACUUGAAUCAGAUUUCAGACGUGAAAGAAAUGUGGAAAUCUCUGGACAAAGUAUGCUAAAUUUACUCCAGAAAGGAGCAAGUUCAAAAUCUGUCAAGCUCUAAAACCUGAAGACCUAUAAUUUUCUGAUAUGGAACAACAGUGUAGUAGCUUUGGAUUUCAAAGUUGCCAGUGCUUUUUCGUUGUCCUCAAGCUUUAUUAACGAACAAAAAGGGCAGAAAAAUUUGGCAGAUCUGAUGGUUAGUCUUAGGUGGGUUUUAUUUUACUCAGGAAAAAGGCUUGUAUUUAUUUUCAGUACUCUUAUUCAGAGGCUUUUCCUUCACUUUGCAUUUGUUCGGCUGUUUUAGUAUCCUUUGAUACAUUUGAGAAAGAGCAAGAAAAUGCUUAUCUUGAUGUUGAUUUACAGCCUCCAUAAUAGAAGGGAUGUGUGUCGUUGAAUGUCAGCUGAACUGAGUAUCAAAGAUUCUUGUGUAUUGAGUAAAACGUUUACCGAAUGGCUGUAAGAUUGGAUCUCAAGACUGAGAACACAUGUAAGUAUCUGAUGAAAGACCAUAUUUUGUUACUUAGGCUAGGAAUCAGGCUUUACUAAAAUUUGAUGUUUCUAUCACCUUUAUUUAAACAUUUCAAAUAUUUACAACACUUAAACGGUAUUCCCCCACCGUACAUGAUUAGCCAUAAGUUAAUUUCCCAUCAGGUUCAUAAUUUUCUUUGAGUACAAAUAGUACUGACAAGUCAACCAAAACUCUUAAUGGAGUUAUUUGCUUAUAAUCAGACUUUAAAUGUAUUUUCAAUGAUAAGGUGAAAAAGGAAAGGUAGAAGAUAACACACAAGCUGUUCUGUGAGGCAGUAAAGUGCUGAUGGCAUGUAAUGUGUUUGCCUGCUGGAAACCUGCAGAAAUUGAUUCCCGGGUCAAAUGAAGUCUGUUAUCAAAUACACAACAAAGCUGUGUUGAACUGCACUGGCUGGCAAACCUAUUUUGAAAUGAGUAAGGCAGUGUUCAAAUAAGACUUUUGAAACAUAGGUUGAAGUACCUUUAAUAACGAGUGAACAAAAUACGUGCAACUCUUGAGGCCUAUAGUAAAUGGUUUCAUGUAUGUGUAGAAGUUUUUGUUGUAGAAAGUGCCAAUACAGCAGACUACAAAAAUUUUGGCUGAUGUGGGAAGAUCCUCUGAUUUAACUUUUACAGUUUAAAAACAUUCUGCUAUUUUGGACAGAUUCAAAACAAAUCUCAGCUAUGAGCAAAAAAAAAAAAAGAAAAAGUCAAAGCAUCUUCUCAUCUUUGAAGCCUGUGAACAGUAAUUAUUUUACAUACUUUUUAAAUUCAGCAAGUUGCUUCUGUGCUUUCCUAGACUGAUACAGCCAAAAAGGGGAUAUUAUCAUUUCCUAGCUCUUUAGGUCUUAGAUUUUACUUGAAUAAUGCAAUCCUAGUUUUAUGGAUGGAUUUUUUUUUGAUUGAGGUGAGGGCAGCCAUUUUCUUUCCCUACCUGACUUACUUUGCAUAGCCUUCUUCCAUUUUAAUAGGAGUUCUUGUGAGCCACAGGCUUACAGAAAUUAUCGCACAUGCAGAUUACCAAGGUAAAUAAGGAAUCUUUGCAUUUGCAAAUUAUUCCAUUGCAUUGCACCUACUUUGCUGUCACUUUAACUCCUCAAAUCCUGUUCUAGACAGCUGUACUGAGCUUGACUUUUUUUUUUCCCCACCUAUGUUUUAAUAACUCUGCUUUGUUCCUGCAAACAUGAAGUUAGGAGAAAUUUAAAUACAGAUUACAAGUACUAAAGUGGGGAUUUUAGUAUGUGCCUUUGAAGUGUGAUGUAGCAGUGCCUGCACCGAACCAAUAUUGAAUUAUUUCUAAUGUUGGCUCAAAAUGCAUAUUUUUUUCUUAGAAUUAUUGUGGACCAUUCCACAAUGAAAGAGUUUGUUAAAAAUGGGGGGAGAGGGAAUACCUUUUUAAGAUGAAGUCUUUCUGAUUCCACAGUUUAUCAUGGUUAUAUUCCGAGGCCUAGAAAAGCUUUCAUCUUUAUUUUUCAAGUGUACUUCAAAAAAUAAAGAGUCAUUUAUAUAUGUCUA